AUCCAGACAUUUAAUGUAGAGGCACCAUGCCAGACUGUGGAAGAUUUAACGAAUGGGGUUGUGAUGGCCCAGGUUCUUCAAAAAAUAGAUCCAGCUUACUUUGAUGAAAAUUGGCUGAACAGGAUCAAAACAGAAGUAGGAGAUAACUGGAGGCUAAAGGUAAGCAACCUGAAGAAAAUUUUAAAAGGAAUAUUGGAUUACAACCAUGAGAUUCUAGGGCAACAGAUUAAUGACUUCACCCUUCCUGAUGUUAACCUGAUUGGAGAGCACGCUGAUGCUGCAGAGCUUGGGAGGAUGCUUCAGCUUAUUUUGGGAUGCGCUGUGAAUUGUGAACAGAAGCAAGAAUACAUUCAGACCAUAAUGAUGAUGGAAGAAUCAGUUCAACACGUUGUGAUGACAGCCAUUCAAGAGUUGAUGAGUAAAGAGUCUCCAGUCUCUGUUGGAAAUGAUGCUUACGUUGACCUUGAUCGGCAGCUGAAGAAAACCACAGAAGAAUUAAAUGAAGCACUAGCAACAAAAGAAGAAAUUGCACAGAGAUGUCAUGAGUUAGAUAUGCAGGUUGCAGCCCUCCAGGAGGAGAAGAGCAGCUUGCUUGCUGAGAACCAGAUUUUGAUGGAACGUUUAAAUCAAUCUGACUCUAUUGAAGAUCCCAACAGCCCUGCAGGUCGUAGGCACUUGCAGCUGCAGACUCAACUUGAACAACUCCAGGAGGAAACAUUCAGAUUAGAAGCUGCCAAAGAUGACUAUCGAAUACGCUGUGAAGAACUAGAAAAAGAAAUUGCUGAAUUGAGGCAACAAACAGAAGAGCUAACUACAUUGGCAGAGGAGGCUCAGUCUUUGAAGGAUGAGAUAGAUGUACUAAGGCAUUCUUCUGAUAAAGUAGCCAAGUUAGAAAGCCAGGUAGAGUCAUACAAAAAGAAGUUGGAAGACCUGGGUGAUCUGCGACGGCAAGUGAAACUCUUAGAGGAGAAGAAUACAAUGUACAUGCAAAAUACCGUGAGUCUGGAAGAAGAACUAAGGAAAGCCAAUGCAGCACGUAGUCAGCUGGAAACAUACAAAAGACAGGCAGUUGAACUACAAAACAGGUUAUCUGAAGAAUCCAAGAAAGCUGAUAAAUUAGAUUAUGAAUGCAAACGACUGAAAGAAAAAGUAGACAGCCUCCAAAAAGAAAAAGAUAGAUUAAGAACAGAAAGGGAUUCUUUGAAAGAAACUAUUGAAGAGCUUAGAUGUGUCCAAGCUCAGGAAGGUCAACUCACCACUACAGGAUUGAUGCCUCUGGAAAGACAAGAGCCUUCAGACAGUUUAGCAGCAGAAAUCAUUACUCCUGAAAUAAAGGAGAAACUCAUUCGCCUUCAGCAUGAGAACAAGAUGCUAAAGUUGAACCAAGAAGGUUCUGACAAUGAAAAGAUAGCCUUGUUGCAGAGCCUUCUUGAUGAUGCAAACUUGCGAAAGAAUGAAUUGGAGACAGAAAACAGACUGGUAAAUCAGAGACUUAUAGAAGUGCAGUCCCAGGUUGAAGAACUACAGAAGUCCUUGCAGGAUCAAGGUUCAAAAGCUGAAGAUGCUAUUUCAAUUCUUCUGAAGAAGAAACUUGAAGAACAUCUUGAGAAGCUUCAUGAAGUUAACAAUGAGCUACAGAAGAAACGAGCUAUUAUUGAAGAUUUGGAACCAAGAUGCAAUAAUAGUUCUCUCAAAAUUGAAGAAUUACAAGAAGCUUUACGGAAAAAAGAUGAGGAAAUGAAGCAAAUGGAAGAGCGAUACAAAAAGUAUUUGGAAAAGGCCAAAAGUGUCAUCCGUACCUUAGAUCCUAAGCAGAACCAGGGUGCAGCUCCUGAGAUUCAGGCUCUGAAAAAUCAAUUGCAGGAGCGGGAUAGAAUGUUUCAUUCACUGGAGAAAGAAUACGAAAAGACAAAAAGUCAAAGAGAAAUGGAGGAGAAAUUUAUUGUUAGUGCCUGGUACAAUAUGGGGAUGACUCUGCACAAAAAAGCAGCAGAAGACAGACUGGCUAGCACAGGCUCAGGACAGUCCUUCCUGGCUAGACAGAGGCAAGCCACCAGCACAAGGAGGUCUUACCCGGGUCAUGUCCAGCCAGCAACAGCAAGGUAG